UCUGUUCAAACAAAACUCUCAAUCAAAGGCCGUCAGAUGUUACGGAACGUAAUUGCUAUGUUUAAACUAUGUUUAAAACAAGGAAAUAGUUUGAUAGAUGGGAUUGUGAAUAUUAAAGAAUGAGUAAAAUAUGGAUUACAGUGAGUCAUUAAUGGGAAGAGUACAGGUUAUGUUGUUCCUGUGAGUCCUUGAGUUGGACGUGGUGAGGUUGUAUGGUCAUGAUGUUGCGGUCUUCAUCAGCAAGGAACCGGGUGCGAAUCUUGCUUUUUGUCGGGGCAGUGAUCUUGAUAUUUGCCUGUUUCAAGUUCCGGGGAUCAUCUAAUGAGAUCGAGAUUCCUGGCUUUGAGAAAUUAGAUUUGAAACAAUUCCCAGACCUCGGAAUAACAGUGGCGGAGGAAUUUCCGACGGACGGACCAGCACGAAUGGAAAAGAUUAUUCACCAAACGUGGAAAACAACAGAUGUUCCGCAUCACUAUAUAGAAUGGGUAAAAACAUGGACUAAGAAUCAUCCUGACUGGAAGUACAUGUUUUGGACUGAUGAAAGUGCCAGAAAACUCAUUUCCGAUAAAUACUCACACUUACUUCCGGCGUAUGACAUGUAUUUAGAGAACAUCCGCCGCGCAGACGCAAUGCGCUACGUCAUAUUACACGAGUAUGGUGGCGUGUAUGUUGACCUUGAUAUGGAAAGUUUAUCGUCUUUAAAUAGCAUCGUAACAAAAUACUCGUGUAUUCUGCCACAAGAACCGUAUGAGCAUCCAAUGAUUGAUUCAAACUUUGAACAUCUCGUGAUUAACGCCUUCAUGGCAUGUAGAUCAGGACAUCCGCUCAUGAAAAAGUUCCUGGAAACUCUUCCUAAAUUUGCACACAUGUGGAAUGUUCUUGAUAGUACGGGACCACAUUACGCCACGUUUGUUUACCAUGAUUAUGUGGACAACUCUAAACUCAAGCCAACUGACGACGACGGCGUUUAUCUCGCACCGGCGGAAUACUUUUUUCCGACAAUUGACCCAACGAAAUUUCCAUACAUGAAAGAGCGUUGCUACAAGUUAUUUGAGAGCAUGUCAUAUAUUCAGAAACAGGCGUGUGUUUCAUUGAAACUUAAAGGGCUGAAAAGGCAACCGUAUUUUUACUCUUUUACUGACCACCAUUGGGUCCAUACAUAUUUCGUAAAUAGAGUAAGUAUACGUGGGCCCGUUAGUAUUUUUGACAUAGCCCCACAUGCUGAUAUAUACAAAUAAAGGAGAAUGGAGUAAACAUCAACAGAAAGUUACGCGAAAGUGUGCGCGAGAAAACCGUACAGUAUUAAAAUUUUAACUUUAGUGGGCAAAAUAGCCAGCAAAGUGAAAGAGGGAAAGAGUCAGCAUAGACAGUAAAGAUGGGUUGAAUUAGGUACAAUAAUUAGAAGAGCAUAGGUCGGAACCAAAAGAAACUAAUAGAAAUAAAACAAAAAUAUAAAUCUUUCAAUACAGACAAUAUAGGCGAACUAGUUAAUUAAGUUGCGGCACAGUUGUAACACUCAAUAUUUCCAGUCAUAAUUGAAUUGAUUAAGGAAGAAAAAAAAAACAGUAAAUAAAUACUUUUUGUAUUACUUUUAAAGGGUAUAUAUACAUUAACUGUAAAACGGACUGUGAAACAUUGGUCCUUCGUGAAGGAUGCUAAAGACUGUCAUAUUGUUUUAGAUAAUUUGACUGACAAUCUAAUGGCUGUUUGUUUAUCCCCCUGCCUGGCGAAAAGAAGUGGUCGUUUUGGUACACUUCAUCAAGUACUAGUAUGUGAAACAAGUAAACGGUCGUUUAAGACAUGUGCAGUUCAAAUAAGAGAAAGAAGUUUACUUCUCUUUGUCUCUUCCUACAAAUGCCUUUGAAAAGAACUAAAUAUAAGUAUAUACAAUUUGAUAUUGUGAUAUUUUUUCUUUCAUUAUUAUUUUAUUAACUGAGGACAUGCCAUACUAAUACGAAUUGACUCUAGCGUGUAUAUGACAUAUACAGUUAGCCGUUUUUUCCUUGAGGAUGAAACUAGACCUGGCUGGUUCCAAUAAUAGAUUCGAGUGUGUGUCUAUAAGCUUAGGGCUCCCUACAUAAUGGAACUAAAAUAAAUUUUGUAUAAACUAAUUGUAUUUAAAUCAAAUUCGGGAUUUUAGAUUAUUCGUUAGAAUAAGUUAUUGUUCACAUGUAGCGUUAUUUUUGUUCAUCGUAUCUAAAUUCAAAUAACAGACACUUCACAUACAGUUACUAAUAUUGUUCUUUCUUUUUUUAUUAGUAUGGUACAAGUUAAAAUAAAACAUUCUAAUGGUAUUCAGGCUGAGCAGAUCUAAGUUUUCCAUAUACUGUAUGUACCCACUUUAUAAAUGCGCAUCCAGAGAAAAUCAAGUUAAUUUGUCCAGGAAAAGUCUAGUAAUUAAAUGUAAUGAUAGCUUUAACUGUGAUAAAAUUGUUAUAGCAAAUCAGAGUGAUUAUCUAUUUUAGGAUUCAACGUUUUCAGAUUCAUGCUGAUUUUUAUGAAAAUUUUGAAAAUGUAUUAAGAUAUGAAAUAUUGUUAAGUGAACAAAGAAAGUUAUUUACACAUUGCUCGUUAAAUCCAAGUAAAUUACCAAAUAAAGGUGCAAAAUAAGCUCCUACUGCGUUAGUCACGCAGUAGAAAUAUGGCAAUAAAUACUGCAAAAUCAAUUGCGUUGAAACAAGUAAAUCAUUACUUGAAUUGUGUAUCAUUUUACUUUUCUAUAAAUCUUUGUUAGGUAUAAAUUUUUUUUCUCAAAGUUGUUUUUCUUGAAAUUACUUUACUUAUCUGGAGACAUGAAGCUUUAAAGAUCAUUUACACCAUAUCGAUUUGUUCGCCAAUCUUGUUCAAAUGAAGUAACUUACUUCAAUUUCUAAUACAACUUGUUCGCAUUGGCCUCCCUUUGCUCAUAAUUACUUGUAAUUGUGUCAAUGCAACAGCAAGUAACUAGCAACUUCUUCACUAGCGUUCAGUGUGUUGUAUUUUAGAUUAUCGGCUGAAGAUAUUGUGUCUUCAUCCGAUAUUGUCAAGGAAAAUAUCAGCCACUUAAAAAAUAGAACUCACGAGUCCUUCAUUUUAUUUUCUCAUAAGAUCUUACCGCCUCUCCUCAUUUGUAUUGCUUAUAGAUAUAAUUAUCCCAGUUUAAUAAAUCUGUCCCAAGAUUUAAAUGAAACAAUCAGACAGAAUCAACGCAAUGUGACCCUACCACGUGCACUAGGAUUUGGGACACGAGCAAUUUUACCUAACAAGGAUUUUAUAUCAAUAAAUUUGCUGUUGACGGGAUAAAGCUAUAGAAUAAACUUUUUAAAAAAUAUAUACAACAAAACGUAUUGUUUCUUUUUGUGAAAGAUGUUGAAUACUUUACUAUCGAACUUUUUUGUAACAAUCGGAAAACAAGUAGGCAUUCAAGGGAAGUAAAUUUGUUGAGUUUUCGAGAUAUUUUGCAUGUAUAGCCUCCCUUUAACCAAACAGCGCACUGACACUAGAGUCAAUCCAUAAAAGUAAUUUAUCUUCGUCCAAACCAUAAAAUAACGUUUUCGUGCGUGUCUAUAUUGGUAUGUUUAAUUUGUAGAAAGGAACUAAGAGCGAAAACCUAGUUGUUUUGGUAUUACAAAUGUAUAUUAUUUUGCAUAAACAAACUGAAGCAUUUGUUAUUAUAUCAUUAAAAUUAUUAUCUGACAGCAACUUGAAACUCUGGUGUCAGCUAUAAAUAUAGGCUU